UCCCUCUUUCCCCGCCUUGGCACUCAGUCGCCUCCCAGAUGAGCACUCUCUCAGACUGCUGCUGGCCGCCAGGCGCCGGGAAUGUCCCCUGAAUUCUCGCGGGCAGCGGGCGACGCGCCCUUGCGCAGCCUGGAGCAAGCCAAUCGCACCCGCUUUCCCUUCUUCUCCGACGUCAAGGGCGACCACCGGCUGGUGCUGGCCGCAGUGGAGACAACCGUGCUGGCGCUCAUCUUUGCAGUGUCACUGCUGGGCAACGUGUGCGCCCUGGUGCUGGUGGCGCGCCGACGACGCCGCGGCGCGAGUGCCUGCCUGGUACUCAACCUCUUCUGCGCCGACCUGCUCUUCAUCAGCGCGAUCCCUCUGGUGCUGGCCGUGCGCUGGACUGAGGCCUGGCUGCUGGGCCCCGUUGCCUGCCACCUGCUCUUCUACGUGAUGACCCUGAGCGGCAGCGUCACCAUCCUCACGCUGGCCGCGGUCAGCCUGGAGCGCAUGGUGUGCAUCGUGCACCUGCAGCGCGGCGUGCGGGGUCCUGGGCGGCGGGCGCGGGCAGUGCUGCUGGCGCUCAUCUGGGGCUACUCGGCGGUCGCCGCUCUGCCUCUCUGCGUCUUCUUCCGAGUCGUCCCGCAACGGCUCCCCGGCGCCGACCAGGAAAUUUCGAUUUGCACACUGAUUUGGCCCACCAUUGCUGGAGAGAUCUCGUGGGAUGUGUCUUUUGUUACUUUGAACUUCUUGGUGCCAGGACUGGUCAUUGUGAUCAGUUACUCCAAAAUUUUACAGACCUCAGAACACCUCCUGGAUGCAAGAGCUGUCAUGACUCACGGUGAGAUCACAAAGGCAUCAAGGAAGAGGCUCACAGUAAGCCUGGCCUACUCGGAGAGCCACCAGAUCCGCGUGUCCCAGCAGGACUUCCGGCUCUUCCGCACCCUUUUCCUGCUCAUGGUCUCCUUCUUCAUCAUGUGGAGCCCCAUCAUCAUCACCAUCCUCCUCAUCCUGAUCCAGAACUUCAAGCAAGACCUGGUCAUCUGGCCGUCCCUCUUCUUCUGGGUGGUGGCCUUCACAUUUGCUAAUUCAGCCCUAAACCCCAUCCUCUACAACAUGACACUGUGCAAGAAUGAGUGGAAGAAAAUUUUUUGUUGCUUCUGGUUCCCAGAAAAGGUAGCCAUUUUAACAGACACAUCUGUCAAAAGAAAUGACUUGUCGAUUAUUUCUGGCUAAUUAGUUUUUCUUUAUAGGCAGAGUUUCUCACACCUGGCGAGCUGUGGCAUGCUUUUAAACAGAGUUCAUUUCCAGUACCCUCCAUCAGUGCACCCUGCUUUAAGAAAAUGAACCUAUGCAAAUACACAUCCACAGCACUGGCAAAUUAAGGGGUGAUCACCCAGUUUCAUAUUUUCCCUUUAUAAAAGGAUUUGUUGGCCAGGUGCGGUGGUUCAUGCCUGUAAUCCCAGCACUUUGGGAGGCCGAGGUGGGUGGAUCACCUGAGGUCAGGAGUUCGAGGCCAACCUGACCAACAUGGUGAGCCCCCCCGUCUCUGCUAAAAAUAAAAACAGGCCGGGCACGGUGGCUCACGCUUGUAAUCCCAGCACUGUGGGAGGCCGAGGCAGGCGGAUCACGAGGUCAGGAGAUCGAGACCAUGGUGAAACCCCAUCUCUACUAAAAAUACAAAAAAUUAGCCGGGCGUGGUGGCGGGUGCCUGUAGUCCCAGCUACUCAGAGAGGCUGAGGCAGGAGAAUGGCGUGAACCCGGGAGGCGGAGCUUGCAGUGAGCUGAGAUUGCGCCACUGCACUCUAGCCUGGGCGACAGAGCGAGACUCCAUCUCAAAAAUAAAUAAAUAAAUAAAAAUAAAUAAAUAAGUAAAAAUAGAAAUAAAAACAAAAUUAGCUGGGAGUGGUGGUGGGCACCUGUAAUCCCAGCUACUUGGGAGGCUGAACCAGGAGAAUCGCUUGAACCUGGGAGGCAGAGGUUGUAGUGAGCUGAGAUCGCACCACUGCACUCCAACCAGGGCAACAAGAGCGAAACUCCAUCUCAAAAAAAAAAAAAAAAAAAAGGAUUUGUUAUGCGUUCCUUUUAAAUGUGAACUUUUUUAGUGUGUUUGUAAUACGAUCGAAUUUAAUAAAUAUUUAUUUAUGACUGUUCAGCAAUCACAUCUCCUACAUAUAAAGCCACACCAUAGUGGUUUCUGAAGUGAGUCUUAGAACCGAUUCAGGAUGCAGAUUUCUCCUCUGAAGGGUCACAGCCACCCUGUGCCCUACCUUGGACUCGCAAGGCUUUAGGAUCAUUCAUUGAUGUCAAGAGCAAUUGAAGAAUUUCCAAAGAACAGUUAAAGGUGACUUACUUUUUUUUUUUCAUUUAUAAAAAUGCCGUGGACCCUUUUAAGAGAAUCAGCGUCAUGAAAUCAGAGAGAAAGUAGGAUGACUCUGAAAUCUCUGAAAUGUUUGAGAGUGCGUUCAGGAGUGGUUUACUCCUGAUGCAUCCAGCAGAGAUGCCUCUUAAGCACCAGCCAUGGCAGACAGUGUUCUUUGUGCUAGGAAUACAGUGGUGAACCAGACAGCCAUGGCCCUCUCUCAGGGAACUUACCUUCAAGUCAGGGGCAGAAAAACUAAAUAAAAGUCAAUAAACUAUAUCUAUAUACAGAUAUAUAGAUAUAUUUAAGAUGAGAGUUUUGCCGCAAUGCCCAGGCUGGAGUGCAAUGGCACAAUCACGGCUCUCUGAAGCCUCAAAUGCCUUGGCUCAAGCAAUCCUCCCGCCUCAGCCUCCCAAGUAACUGGGAUUACAGGCAUGAGCCGCCAUGCCUGGCUACAAAUCAAUAAAUAGUAUAGCAUCACAGAGUGAAUAAGCACUGGGAAGAAAAUGGGACGGUGGCUAUGGUAGUGAUGGGAAUUUAGAUCAGAUGGGGAGAGGCCUAAGAAGACCUUUCUGAGGAGUGACAUUUGGAUCAAAAGGUAAGCGACAAGAAAGGGCCACCUGUGUGAAUAGGGGGAAGGGACACAGAAGAGAUGUUAGUGCAAGGAGGCUGACAUGCUUGAAGGGAGAGUGGCGUAAGCCGACUACUGAUGGAGCCUCCUCUGCACUAGGCACUGCCUUUAAUGCUGAGACCAGGGGUACCCGGCUGGGGCCUGUCAGUUGAGGCCAGAGAAAUUGCAGGGUUAGAUCACAUAGGGCCUAGGAGUUUAUUCUUUUCUCCAAGCCCCUGGAGGUUUGCAACUGGAGGCUGACGUGACCUGAUGAAUGUGUGCAAAGAUUACCCUGGCUGCUGGGCAGGGAAUAGACUCUGAGGAGCAUGAGUGAAAAUGGAGACCAGUUGGGCAGCUGCUGAAGUGGAACAAGGGGAUGGGACCUUGGAGGUGAGUGGCAUUAGGGAGGGAUUGUGAGAAACGACUUGUAAAUAUACUUUGGGAAGGUAAACAAAGAUGAUUUAUUGAUGGAAAGGAUGAAAUAAAAUGUGAGGGAAGGAGAGGGUUCAAGGGGAAUACUCUGAUUUUUUAGCCUGUCAUUGGUUGGAUGGUGAAGCAGACAACAAAAAUGGGGGAGCCUGGGCAAAGAUCAGAGGUGGGGGAGCCAAGAGUUCCAUUUGGAGCUCAUAAGUUUGAAAUCUCAGUGAGACUUCCAAAUUGAAUAGGCAGUUGGAUGCAGAGAUGUGGAGCUUGGGCCUGGAGAUGCACAUUGUUUGGAGAUAUAAAUGGUGUUUAUAGGCCUAUGGUUUUAUAAAACAUCCCUUGGAGAGAUAGAGAGAAACCAGAGCCAAAGAUUGAACCCAGGGACACUCCACCACUUGGAGGCUGGGCCAGUGGCUGGAAUGCACAGCAGCACAGGGCCUGGCGUAUAGUAGGUGUUCAACCAAUCUUUGUUGCUGAGGAAAUCAGCACCAGCAGUAGUGACUGCUCAUGCAGUUUCUGGAGCAGCUUGCUUCUGAAGUCAGAUUCAUGGAAAUCACAAGCUUGAAGACAAAAGAACAGAGAUGUUUUGCUCACUUUAGUUAAUAGAUCUGAUCAAUUAAACCUGUUUUUGGAAGUGA